UCCCCCGCCCGCCCGCCCCGUCCUCCCCCCGUCUGCCCCUCCCCCAUGGCGGGGCGCGGGCCCGCCGCCGCCUGUGCCGCGGCCCUGCUCCGCGGGGCCGGCGCGCAGCUGCCGGGGAGCGUGUCGCCGGAGAACCACCCCCGAUUGCAGCUGCUGGGCUGCUCGAGCGAGGGCUGCUGCCAGGACGACGCCAUGAUAACGAUCGACGCGAACUGGCGCUGGCUCCACAAAAAGGGCGGGUUCGACAGCUGCUAUGCAGAUGGUUGGCAGUGUCAAGAUCCAGCCGCGUGCGCCACUGGGUGUGAGCUCGAGGGCCAGGACACGGCAGCCUACCAGAGCCAGUACGGCAUCACGACCUCGGGAAGCGCGCUGAAUCUGAAGUUCAUCACGAAGAACGAGUACGGAACCAACGUUGGUUCCCGCGUGUACGUAAUGCAGGGGAACGAGUACAAGAUGUUUAAACUCAAGAAUCGGGAGUUUACUUUCGAUGUCGACCUGAGCACACUGGAGUGCGGCAUCAACGGUGCUCUGUACUUGGUCGAGAUGUCCGCGAACGGUGACAUAGGUGUAGGCAACAACAGAGCUGGCGCGCACUUUGGCACGGGUUAUUGCGACGCCCAGUGUUUCUUGGAUGGCAAGUUCAUAGCGGGAGCGGCCAAUGUUCCCCUAGGGGAUCUCGGAUAUUGCUGCACGGAGGUGGACAUCUUCGAGGCGAACAUGCGCUCGGCCGCGCUCUCGAUGCACACUUGCUCGAAUCCCGGUGCCGAGAAGUGCUCCGGGCUGGAGUGCGGCCCUGGGAGCCAUGGGGACUCGUCGCGCUCACUCGGGAAGUGCGACAGGGACGGCUGCGACUGGAACGAUUAUCGGCUCGGGAACAAGACUUUCUUCGGGCCUGGGGCGGACUACCAGGUCGACACCACCAAACCGAUGACGGUCACUACGCAGUUCUUGACGAGCGACGGGACGGACGAGGGUGAGCUGGUCGAGAUUAGGCGCUCGUACAAGCAAAAUGGCAAGACCAUCGAGAUCCCUUCUCCUUCUCUGGUCGACGAGUCCGCAUCCUCCAUGACCGACGACUUCUGCGAGAAGCAGAAGACUACAUUUGGAGACCCCGCGGACUUCCAAGACAGGGGCGGCCUGAAAGCUACUGGUGAUGCCCUGGACCGCGGCAUGGUUCUCGUCAUGAGCAUCUGGGACGACACCUCGGGGGCGGACAUGGACUGGCUCGACGGCACCUACCCCCAAAAGAGCACCGACCUGGGAGCCGAGCGAGGCACGUGCCAGCCGGGAAAGGGCAGCCCAGAGCAAGUGCGCAAGAGCAGCCCUGAUGCUUACGUCAAGUUCAGCAACAUCAGGGUCGGCGCAAUUGGCACUACGGGCGGGGCGGUUGGCGACGUGUGCGAUAGGGCUCCAAUCAACGUUUACCAGCCGAACGUGGGGAAGCUCUCGGACGCCACUAAGUUCCGGCCCCAUAACCAGUCCCUGAACACAUCCUCCAGCACUCAAAACAAGUCCCUGAACAUGUCCUCCGACACCCAAAACGAGUCCUCCGAGGCGCACAACUUGUUCGACGGGGCGGCCCUUGCCAUCAGUGGCUCCUUGCCAACGCUGCUCUCUUCCAAAGCUGACGCCACAGUCCUCGUUAGCGAAGGCACCCCAGUUUUCGGAAGGCUGUCCACCACCAUCCUCUCUGCAGUCGUGGCAAGCGGGUUUCUUGCCGCCGCCGUGGUGCGAUGGCAUCGAGCACCGCGCUCGCUGGAUCGCCUGCUUACAUUUGAUCCCAUGCCCAGCGACCUAAGCGACUGCUUGUGAGACGCUGCUCGAGGGGGAGAGCGAGGUAGUGGCAUGUACGGAUCUUUGAAAGAGCAGACGCAAAUCUGUACUACAUCUACAAUCUGUGGUAGGAAGCACAUUUGCCAAUCUGUAGAAUGGAAAGCAAGAUAAUAUAGAAAAGGGAGAGACCGAAUAAUUCACGGGCGCAGGUGCGGGGGCGCGCCCAGGAGCCUCAUCGUGGCCACCAGGCCCACAGCCCUGGGCGAAUCCCUCCCAGCCUUUUCCGCCCGUUUUGAUUUUCCCAGGCAGCAUCUUUUGUCAGUCCAGCGCUCGGCGAGAUUCGAGGAGGAAUCACGGCUUAAACAUGAAUUUCUGGAGGUCGCGCUGAUUUUUUGGAUGGGCACUGGACCCCCGUCCGUGGCGCGCGGAGCGCGCCACGGGCGGCGCGGGAGGCACCGCGAAGGGGGGCCCAGCUCCGAUCCAAGAAGUCCGCGCGGACAUCCGAAAGGUUAUGUUCAUGCAGUCUCUUCUUCUUCUUCGUCUUCUUCUUCUGUCUUCUUCUUCUUCUCUGUCCUCUUCUUCUUCUUCUUCUUACUUGUCUUCUUCUUCUUCUUCUCUGUCUUCGUCUGGAGAUGCUCGCGCAUCGGCAUCGCCUUCUUCGGGGCGGGCCACUCACCGGAGAGAGGGCGCCAGACGGGUGCAGCCUCCGCCCCCUGGGCGCGCGGCCGCUGGGCAAGAGCCGCUGCGGACCCAGCGGGGUGCCUCCGCGAUGGGGCCCUCUGCGAGGGCCGGCCCCCAGAGCGGACGAGGCCCCCCAGGAAAAAAGGGG